GAAAAGAGGGAACUUGAGAAUUCCGCUCGGAGCAAGUACUCACUAAGCAACGUUCGCUCCGACACCUGUUUUACACGUUUUCCAUUUUACGAGCAUUGUCACAUUGCGAAUCUAAAUUAAUUUAUUGUAAGCCCGAUAAACCCGCGAAAUGUCCAUCCGGAGAACAAGCUUGAUAUCCUACAACCAGCGCCGCGUUGCGCGCUGGUACUUCGGCGGCGUCGCCAGCUCGAUAGCCGCCCUCAUCACCCACCCUCUGGACCUGAUGAAGGUUCUGGUCCAGACACAGGUGGACAAGCUCUCGCUAAUGGCAACGACCCGCAAGAUAGUCCGUGAGCAAGGUGUCCUGGCCCUCUACAAUGGCAUAUCGGCGUCCCUGAUGCGCCAGUACACCUACACCUUGGCCCGGUUCGGCAUCUACACUUUCGGAGCAGGCGUGGUGGACACCAGCACUAUGGCCCGGAAGACAAUGCUGGCUGCCGUGGCAGGUGGAAUCGGUGGCUAUGUUGGGGCUCCAGCGGAUCUGAUCAAUGUCCGACUACAAAACGACGUCAAGUUGCCAGUAGAAAAGAGACGCAACUACAAACAUGCCAUUGAUGGGCUCGUCCGCAUUACCCAAGAGGAGGGCUGGCGAAGUCUGUUCAAUGGAUCCUCGAUGACCGCCCUCCGUGGCAUGUUCAUGACCGUGGGCCAGAUCGCGUUUUACGAGCAGAGCAAGGGAACGCUCAUCCAGAUGGGCAUGCCGCAGAACAUGGGCACCUACAUCGUUGCUUCUGUUAUAUCGGCCGGGUCCGCCACGACUUUGACUCAGCCCAUCGAUGUUGUGAAGACCCGUCGCAUGAAUGCCCGACCGGGCGAGUACCGCAACCUGGCGGAUGUGUUCAUACAGACCUCUAAGGAGGGUCCACUAGCUUUCUUCAAAGGGUUCAUUCCGUCUCUGACGCGACUUAUGCCACAUACUGUGAUGUUGUUCGUGUUCCUGGAAUACCUGCGAACCCACUUUGGCUAUUUGCCGGAACCCAAGAAAACGGGUCACAGACAUGUGGAUCGCUACCGUGACGAGGAACCGAAAGAUUAAUGUUACGUAAAGCUCUAUCAAAAUCUCCUGUUAAUAUUUGUGCCAUUUGGAAUAGUUCCUUUGAGGCUGAUGGUAAAUUUUUAGCCUGUAAAUAAAUUAAAUUUCAGAAUUUCCA